AUGUGUAGUGAAAGAACAUCUGGUGAGAAUUCGGUUAAUCAUAAUCUCAGGCCAUGUUGUCAUCAUCAUCAUCUUUCAACUUGUGAAUUAUUUUCUCAUUCUCAUUGUAUAUUUAUUGGUGGAAUAUUUUACAGGGAUAAAGAUCAUUGUAGUCAGGUGAAUUGUUUAGACAGUUUAUGUGGUAGUAAUAUUACAACACUAUAUAACAAAUGGAUUAUUAUGAGACCUGUAGAGAAAUGUACAGGAUGGUUUCGUCUGAUGUUGAUAUAUAGUAUAUGUGGAUUAGCAGGCGUCCUGGCAGCUUCAAUAAUAUCUCCUUAUGAGCCUCAGGUUGGUAGUACUGCAGCAGUAUUAGGCUCCAUUGGAGUUUUAAUAGUUCAAAUAAUACAAGCAUGGAAUAUAAUUGCGAAAUCAAGACAACAGAUAGCUAAAGUUACUUUUGUAGUAACCUUUUUCUUAGUAUCUGGUUUGUUACCAGGAUUAAGUAAUUUCAGUAUUAUAACGGGUAUAAUAACAGGUAUGUUAUGUGCUAUGGUAUUUUUACCCUAUAUAACAUUAGGACGUAAUCAAUAUCAUGGUAGAAUUGUACUCCUCAUAAUUUCAUUUCCAUUAUUAUUCAUGCUCUUAUUUGUUUUAAUAUUUACAUUUCUAAGAGUUCAGUAUUCAGAAGGUUGUAUGGGUUGUCAAUAUUUUGAAUGUAUGCCUUUUGCUGAAGGAAUCUGUGUUGAAUAA